CACUACCAUCUCAAGAACCAGAAGGAAUGAUCAAGAAGGGAAGUGGGCUCCAGUUUAUUAGGAAAAAUGGAAUUUAAAACAAAUUUCGGAGGAAAAGUAGCCUUUACAACAAGGUCUCACAAUUACAAGCAGAAUCAGAAUCCAAGUACUGGGUCUUCUCCUUUGUCCCCAGGCUGUAUCAUCCCUUAGCAGACUUCCUAAGCGCUCAAUCAUCGCUAACAAUAAAAGCAAUAGGAAAAAGAUGAAUCAAAGCAAGAAAAAAAAAGUGGAAGCCCGCCGCCGUCCUGCAAAAAGUCCUGGAAAAAGUCCUGCAAAAAGUCCUGAAAAAAAUGCUGGCAAAGAACUCCAACUAAAUGCUGGCAAACCAGUCCCUUCCUCCCGUUACAAUCCUGCAAUGUUGAAGGGCUUAAAUGCAGGACAAAAAAAAUAUCUGAAAGGCAUGAUGAAAAUUUAUGAUGCUAAACCCCAAUGGAAGGGCCUGAAAAAACAGUAUCUUAUUGGUCUUUGCUACAAACAUGCCUUAGGUUAUAUUGACAAGAAGAACGCCAUGUCUUUUAUAGCUGUUAUGGAUGGAUAUAUUAGAAAUGGACCCUUCACAGGCAAAAGUAAAAAGUGAAAGGUUCCAAAGAGCUCUAAUCCCUACUCUUGAAGAAAAUCUAUGGCCUCACAGUGAUGAAUUUACCAUUAAGAAGUCAUUAGAGAGCAAGGAUCUGAGUACAUUUAAGGAGGAUACAUAGCCAUCAUAGCCUCAAUGACACAAUAAGACCCUCAAUUCCUUCAGGAAUGAUGUUUCCCAACUCCAUUCACACUGGUUGUGAAGUAGAGUCGUAGAAUUAAUAAUUAUACUAAUGUGAUAUAGAUUACAAACAAGGGUUUUUUAAUCUACUUUGGCCUUUGCAACACGGUGGAAUUAGGAGGUGUUAGAGACCCAGGGAAUAAACAUAUCUGUCUAUACAUAAAUUA